GUAGGAUGUACACGUUUAUGUUGAGGCAGGUAACAUCAACGGCGGCAAGGCGGCGAGAAGGUCAAGGUCAUAAGUGGAUGAGCGCUUAACGGAAUCAAUCAGCGAGUUCGAGACCAUGCCUGCAGCUGCGCUUCCCGACGAGUUGGCUGUGUACCUUCCACGAAGCCGAGGUGGCGAGAAGAUAACGAAAGGGGUAUGAUCCCAAAGCAAGGGAAGUGUACUUCUUUGAAUAAAUAAUAGACGUCCCCACCAGUCCUCGUGUACGAGUGUGUGUGUGUUUGUGUGUGUGCGUGCAAGUGAGAGCGUGCGAGAGUACGUGUGUGUGUGUGUGGGGGGGGGGGGGGUCAUCUGAGCUGCCAUUAUGCGUUUCAGAGCUGCUUGUUCCUAUUUCUCCCGCGGACAAAAGGGCCAAGCAAAAUAUGAGGAUGCUGAAGAUGUCCGAAGAAGAAACGGGCACUCGGAGCAGGCAUCGGCGCCUACCAUUGUCGUGGAGGACCUCGGGCACCCUACGUCAACGCUAGCGGCAGAGCUCGAUGCCACCUCGCCAAGGAUUGAGGUCCGCGAGUCAAAGAAGCUGCUGCCGUCGGAGCCAACAGCAGAGCGUGAUGAGUCAAAGCAGUUUGAUAGGAAGCCACAGGCUAUCGGGGGUAAUCCUCGUGUCACCCCGCGAACAACAGCACUGGAGGUCUCGAGGGCCUCGAGGCAGCUCCCGGCAAGGCCAACGGCGGACCUACAUGGCCAGAAGCAGGUUGAUCGAAAGCGAUACGCUAUGGAGGACAAGCCUGUCCUCGGCAUAGAUUUGGGCACUUCUUACUGCUGCGUUGCUGUAUUUCGCAACAUAGAUGAAAUCGAGAUAGUUCCAAAUGACCUGGGAGAGAGGAUAACCCCCUCCUACGUAGCAUUCGCGGAGGAGGAAGAGCAUCUGGUGGGGACCGCUGCGAAGAAAGAGGGGUUAAGGCAUCCCGAGCAGUGCAUCUACGAGGUCAAGCGGCUGAUGGGGCGAUCGUUUCACGACCCCGCCGUCCAGCAGGAUGCCAAGCGGUGGCCUUUCAAGGUGUUGUUGGGACCGCUUGACGAAGCUGUUCUCCAAGUUCCUGCGUCACCGGGCAGGCAAACCUGUUUCAAACCUGAAGAAAUUUCGACCUUGCUGCUCAAGAAGAUGAAGGCGAUCGCUGAGGAGUACACCAAUUGCCGUCCGAUCACGGAUGCAGUCAUCACCGUACCUGCGUAUUUCCAUUACAGUCAGAGGAAGGCGACUAUGGCGGCCGGGAAGAGCGCAGGGUUAAACGUGUUGCGAUUGAUGAGCGAGCCAACGGCAGCGGCGCUGGCAUAUGGGCAUAAGCAUUUGAUAGAGAGAGAGCCUGUGGGGAAGAAGCUGCUGGUGUUCGACCUGGGUGGGGGAACCUUCGACGUGUCCAUUGUCACUGUUAAGGAAGGGACAGAUGAGGACUGCAACUUCGUAGUGAAUGCGGUGGCGGGAGACUCUCAUCUGGGUGGCACAGACAUAGACGAGCGCCUGCUUCAGCAUGUGGCAGAGCGUUUCAAGAAGGAUCAGCUUGACGGAGAGGAUUUGCUGGGAAAUCCGAGGGUUCUCCCAAGGCUGAAGCAGGCCAUUGUGGACGCUAAGCACAUUCUGUCCAAUCAGAAGGAGACGUACGUAGACUUGGAUUACCGUGACCGUCUCCUCACCAUGAAAUUGGGUCGUGCAGAGUUCGAGGCACUCAACGAAGACAUUUUUGACAGGUGCAUGACAAUUGUCGAGCAAGCGCUUAGUGAUGCGAAUAUGAGCAAGGAUGAGAUCUCCGACGUGGUGCUCGCGGGUGGAUCAACGAGGAUUCCUAAGGUGCAAGAGAUGCUGACCACAUUUUUUGGCAGGCCGCCCAUCAAGUCUGUAAACGCUGAUGAGGCUGUGGCGUUUGGCGCUGCAGUACAAGCGGGAUUGCUGGCCAGAAGCGAUAAAUGCUUAGAGGCAAGCAUAUCCGUGCGCGAUGUGACAGCCGUGAGUAUCGGAGUCGACUCACGUUUCGGCCUUAUGGAUGUCGUUAUCCCAAGAAACUCGCCCCUCCCGGCCACUGGAAGUUUGAUGUUCAGUGCCGUGGAUGCCGAAGAGACACUUCACGAGGUCGGAUUGUUCGAGGGCGAACGUGCUCUGUGUGCAUAUAACAGGUUGCUUGGGGAACUGAGGCUGGAUGGGUUUAUUCCGGGUGUGUAUAACCGUGCUUUAUUUGUGAUUAAGAUCGAUGCUCACGGGAUUGUCCACGCGACACUGGAGGCGAUAGCAGGGCACAAGGAGAUCGGGAAAAAGGUUGAGACCAUUGUUACACUUGAUGCGGAUGCUGUGCAGUCCUCGGGUGGCGGGAUAGACGCACUGGAUUGGUACACACCAGCAGCAAAAGCAGAGGACGCCAGGAUUUGGGCUGCAAGAGAUUCGAUGAACAGACUGUGGAGGCUAAUAAUAAAGUUGCGAGAGCGCCAGUCCUCCAACAAGCUCCCCGUUGAGUUGGAGAAGCAUUUUGGAGAGGUCGUCGCAUGGUACCUCGGGCACGAGGAACUUGCAUCGAAGGAGGAGUACGAUCAAAGACAUGCUGAGCUGGAUCGGCUUGCCAGAACUUACGGAUGUUGAGUGGUGGACAGGCAUAUAGCCCGAUCUCGGCCGAGA